AUGUCUCUGACCAAGAGCAAGAGGACCAUCAUCAUGUCCCUCUGGGACAAGGUCUUCUCCCAGUCUGAGGCCAUCGGCACUGAGGCCCUGGAGAGGCUCUUCCUCAGCUUCCCGCAGACCAAGACCUACUUCCAGCACUAACUUCGCCACCGCUCGGCACAGGUGCGCACUCCGGGUGCCAACGUGGUGACUGCACUGGACGACGCAGUCAAGAACAUGGACAACUUGGAUGGCGGGCUGUAUGUGAGCAGACUGCACGCCAAUGUGCUGCAGGUGGACCCGGUCAACUUCAGGCUCCUGUCCCACUGCCUGCAGGUCACCCUGGCCAGGUACCUGCCUCAGGACUUCACCGCCGAGACCAAAACUGGCUGGGAGAAGUUCCUGGAGGAAGUGACCUACGUCCUGACCAAUAGGUACUGCUUGGAGCGCUCCACACCCCUGGACAGCAGGCAACCCCUCUGUGGUCCUGAACUGCCCGGGCCCUCCCUCCACUCCCCAAUAAAGUCAUGCCAAUGGAUGAGCUGUGUCCUGUAUUCCUUGUGCUGGGGGGAAGUAGCAGAACCUGUUCUCAGAGGGCUGGGUCGGUGUCUGCAGUGA